AUGCCGGAAAACCACAAAGCUGUCCGUCCUGAUGCCCAGAGGGAAGCGGCGGAGAUCUGGGUUCGAAAAGCCAGAAAGGGUUGCAAGAGCCAUCGAGGAGGCUGCAAGAUGCAUGUGGUCAUCCUGGCCUGGCUGCUGUCCACGGCUGCGGCCGCUCCCUCCCCUUGCGAGUCGGAGAUGAACAAGGUCAAGGACCUGCUGCAGGUCAGCUGCGAGGACCAGGGCUUGACCGCCCUCCCGGCGGGGCUGCCUCCGGACACCGGCCUCCUGCUCCUGGCCUCCAACCGCCUCCGCCGCUUCUCUUUGGCCGCCUUACGGCCCUUUGACCGGCUGGCCGAGCUGGACCUCUCCAACAACAGCCUGGCCGCCUUGGAGACCCAGGCCGAGGCCCCGCUGCCGGCCCUCCAGGCCUUGUUCCUCUCCCACAAUGCCCUGGGCUCCCUGCCCGCCCUGCUCGGCCUGCCCGCCUUGACCCUCCUGGCCUUGGGCCACAACGGCCUGGAGCGGCUGCCCGAGGGGGGCUUCAGGGGGGUGGGGGGCCUCCAGGAGCUCCAGCUGCAAGGGAACCGCCUCCGGAGCCUGCCCACCGAGGUCUUCCGAGGCCUCUCCCUCCUGAAGGACCUCGACCUUUCGGACAAUGAGCUGGACGCGCUGCCGGCGGAGCUGCUGUCCGGCCUGGGCGCCCUGGAGAUCCUGCGGCUGGAGCGGAACCGCCUGCGGACCAUCCCGGAGGGAUUCUUCCCUGAGGAGAACACCUUCGGAUACGUCUACCUGGCCGGGAACCCCUGGCGCUGCGACUGCGGCCUGGCCUACCUGCGGGAGUGGCUCAACGAGAACGAGUUUGCCGUCUACACGAGGACCCAGGUGGGCCAGAAGGAGGUCACCGAGAACGAGCCCCAGAGCGUCCGCUGCCAGGCCCCGGCCGGAGAGAAGGGCACGCCCGUCAUGCGCUUCCGGGCCCAGUGCCGGACGCUGGGGGACAGCGACGAAGACGGAGGAGAAGACGGAGGAGAAGACGAGGGUCAGCCCAGCAGCCCCUUGGCCACCACGCCAUCCUCCACCACGGCCACACCUGGAUCCACAUCUGCCUCCUCUCCAGGGACCACAACUGGACCCUUGACCACUGAUGCGCCCACAACCCCACGCUCAGUCCCCCCAGCCCCCACUGCCCACUGCUUCUGCCCGGUCACUGCCCACCAUCGCAGCCCCCUCCGCCGCCAGCGCCGUCCACUGACCUGGGGGGGCUGGCUGUCCAGACACUGCUGCCCGCUCCGCCUGGCGCUGUACGUGGCCUGCCUGGCGCUGGUGGCCGUGCCCUCCCUGGCCCUGCUCUGCGGCCUGUGCUGCGGCCAUCACCCCCAGCAGUCAGCCCCCCUGCGCCCCCCAGAGGCCCACCUGCUCAGGUACCGGCCGCUCCGGGCAGAAAAGGAGCCUCAGGAGCCAUGGGUCGGCGGCGGAUCAUUGUCCGGGCGCCGGACCUUCCGCGUCUGCAAGACCUUCCCGGUGGGGCACGUCUCCUGGCUCCUGGUCAGUCUGCCGGCCAAACCAGCCCGGCCAGAGCGGCCGCAGAGGGAGGGGCGAGUGUCCUGCUACAGCGUGGGCCGCGGGGGGGACGUCCUGGGGGCCGUGAGGGUCCGCUACGCCACCGCCUCCUUAUAAGGCUCUUCAGGGGGGUCUCAGCAGGACCUUGGGGCCGGGAGGGGCCUCCAAAGGCCAUCUAGUCCGAUUCCCUUCUGUAAUUGGGGCUGUUAGGAAUGCUGGGAGUUGGAGUCCAAAACACCCGGCAGGAGGGCCCAAGUUGGCCCAUGCCUCUGUCCUUUUAAAGCUAGACACUAGUGUUGUGCAUCUGUAUGGAAUUCCUGUUUUGUUUUGUGUAGUUUCAUUCGUGCCGUCUCAUUUUCGUAUUUGUGUCCCACUCAUGAAAAUUUUCAUCUCACUAACGAAAAACGUGAAAAUUUUCGUGCCAAUUGUGGAAAUUGGGGGGACUUCAGGGGCUCGCCCCCCACCCAGAUUUAGGGCUAGAGGGGUGAAAAUCACCACACCCGGAGGGCAUAUCAACCCCUUCUAGCCCACCAACUUUUAAAACUUUUGCAUCUCCCCCGCCCCUCUGAGUGGGGAUGAGGAAACUGUCAACUCUACACCUAGGAACGGGAGGGAAAGGUAGUUUUCCCAAGGGGAGGCAGCACAGCAGCCAAACCCAAGCAGCCCACAGCCCGGUCACGGCAGCAAAUGGCGCUUUUGGGUGCAUGUAAUCCAGUAGUGCUAUGAUUCAAUGCAUAGAGUGGAAAUGCAUUCCUUGUUGUGACUCAGCCACAGUAUAGCCAGAGUGAGGAUGAAGAAGGGGAUUCUGGGUUUCAGAUACAAGAGCCAGUUGAGUCAGAAGAUGGGCUGCAGGGAGAUGGCAUGGGAAUACAGGCUGAUUCAGAGGUUCGGGAAUUGCAGUUUGAGCAGAAUGAACUGUUGACCCCAGAAGCCAUAGAUAACAGCCAGGAUGACAUUCCCAUGGGAAUUAACGAGCAAGAAAUGUCUCAAGCCCUGGUUCAGGUGCAAGAUAACGAAGACCUUGAAUUAUCUAGGGCGGACCGGUUGUUAUGGAAAGGAGUUCAGCUCCGUAGGAGUGUGAGGCUGGCGGGAAAGAGAGAGGCCUCUUCAGGGAAGAGAAAUGCUUUUCUGGGGUGCUUUUAAAAGUGUGUGUUUGCAGAUAGGUCUUCGUCAAAGCAAAUCCUCGCUUCCCCUGUGUGGAUGUUCAUGCUUCAUGCCUAAGAGAAGUUUUCUGGAUCUUAGUAAUCUUUGGGCCUUUGUUCUUUGGGAUCUAUUGUCUACUGUUUUGACCUAUGGAUUAUUGGAUUGCUAUGGUUUAUGGACUAAUAGAUUUUUAUGGCUUAUGAACUAAUUGGAUUCCUAUUGACUCUUUUAUUGCAACUUUGAAAAACCUUUCAACUGCCUGCUUUGAUAUAUAUUUGCUUUUGCUCAAUAAAACUUCAAAAGAAUUUCUUCUGUGUCUGACUGAGUGUCUAUAGCAAGAUGAACUAUUCUGAGGUGCAACAUUCUUAGAGCGUAGUAGCAGUUGAAGGUUCCGGUUUGUGAUGUUUAAGAUAAGGCUGGAAUGUGUGAGUGCAAGUGUACUCCUCAUGCGAUCUUUGAAGGAGUUUGGACGGAGAACGGCUGUUGUCCGGCAUGCUGUGUAAAUAAGAUGUAUAUAUCUGCAAUAAAGUUUAAGCCGCUGUUUACAGCUAAAAACUGAGAAGUCUGAACUUUGUUCCUGUGCGAUCUGAGCUGAUGCCAGAUUCAUCGGGAGUGGCAUUGAGACUGAUAGAGGUAAAUUGUGUCAGAGCUAUGGUUAUUGUAGUGUGUGAAAUGUUCACUCAUUGUUAAAGUGAAUAUAUGUGUGCUUCGGUAAACAUUCCAGCAGAGGAAUAGUUAAUUGCAUAGAGUUAGAUUUACUGCAUAGAGUGAAAGGAAUGCACUUCUCCUUUGCUGACUUCUUCACUAUUCGCCAUUAAUUCUGCCUGAGAAGAGACGUGUGUUAGCUGCGCGUCUAUAUAUAGUUGUAAAUAACAUCAAUAAAGCCUUGAAGAAUUCAAAAGAAAAAGAAGCUGAAGGAUACUAGUUAAAGAAUAGAAGGAUGAAUCUUUUUUGUACCUCCCUUCGUAAGCUUUUUGUAAAGAAUCAAUGACUAAGCCAAUAUAAAGGACAAGAUUCUUUUUUUUAGUGUUUGUCCCGACUAUUACAGAAAAAGAGGCUGAUUCAAUAUUGUUUUUUUCCUAUCACCCUCUUUCGUUUAUAUAGAAUGGGAAACGCAAAGGCGAAGAUGGCAGUCAUUUUUAUCAUUUUCACUUUUUUUUGUGUCUCUCUUUUUCUCUUCUCUCCUUUCUUUUUCUUCACUUUCUGUCAAAAAUCAUUGUUCUGACUCUUUCGUUGUUACUUAAUUAUUAUGUAUACCAAUAAAAAUUAUUUUUUUAAAAAAUAAAGCCUUGAACCACCGAC